GUUUUUUUCCCUUUAAGCUGAUUCUUCUGCACAUGAGGAGGGAAACAUCCAACUGUCUUUGAACAGAAACGUAACCACAACCCAAGCCAAAAUAGUUGCAGCAGCACUUCAGAAUGCGCUUUGGAACAAUGCACCAACCCCCAUGUUUACUGUGAUGAAAGUUCAUGACUCCAAAGUCAAGUUGAAGAUGGCAAAGACGAAAUACACCCUUGAAGAACCCAAGAAUGUUGCUGAGAGGAUUAAGAAAGAGCCAAGUGUGAAGGGAGAUGUGCAAAGAAACAGUGGUCUGGAGAUCAUGUCUGCUGAUUAUGAAGAUUCGCCAAAACGGGAUGUAAAAGGGCAUCCUCAACGAUCUGUAGAAACUCAACAGCCAAAGUAUUUUCUUAUAACUAUAAUUGUUGUGGGUUGUGUUACUGGAGUGGUGCUGACAGCAGUUGCAAUUUACCUUAUGAUGAGAAGACACAAUGAAGCAAAGAACUUUAAACCUGUCACUCUUCCCGGCCAGGAGGCAGCUGCAGACUAUCAGGAGUUGUGUCGUCAGCUGCGAGCCACCCAAGGCUGGGACAGUGCACCUGUUAAGACCACACCCUUACNAUUUUUCUUUGUCCCACUACUCUGCUUAUUUUUCAAGUCAUACAUGGAGGACCAUCUUAAUAACAAGGAUCGGCUGAACAAGGAGUGGGAGGCGCUGAAGACAUAUGAGGCUGAGCCUAACAGCAGGGAAAUUGGAAAGUUGGAAAAGAAUGCUCGCAAAAACCGUUACAGUGAUGUCUUGCCAUAUGAUCAUAACAGGGUUUUGUUGAAAGAGACUGCAAGUGCUACUGGCUCAGACUACAUCAAUGCAAGCUAUGUGCAAGAAUGUAUUGUAACAUUUGCGGUAUGCUUUUCAUUUCAGAUGGUGUGGGAACAGGGCGUUGUUGUGAUUGUUAACCUAACAAAACUCUCAGAUCUUGGACUGCCUCAAUGUCACAGAUAUUGGCCUGAAGAACAGCAGCCGAUUGUCACAUAUCGCAUUUACGAGGUUCACCUUGUCUCCGAGCAUAUAUGGUGUGAAGACUACUUAGUAAGAAGCUUUUACUUAAAGAAUUUACAGACCAGUGAAACAAGAACGGUCACUCAGUUUCAUUUUCUCACGUGGCCUGAUCUCAAUGUCCCUUCAACUCCUAAACCACUUCUGGAAUUUAGACGGAAAGUAAACAAGUGCUUUAGGGGCCGAGCCUCCCCUGUAGUCGUGCAUUGCAGUGGGGGUGUGGGGAGGACUGGAACCUACAUACUGAUUGACAUGGUGCUCAAUAAAAUGAUGAGAGGUGCCAAAGAAAUUGACAUUGCUGCUACUGUGGAGCAUCUCCGUGACCAGCGACCAUCAAUGGUCAAAACCAAGGCUCAAUUUGAGUUUGCCUUGACAGCCGUUGCGGAGGAAGUGAAUGCAAUCCUCCAAGCACUCGCCAAAUGAUUCUUGCCAACCAAAAAAAAAAAGUAUUUUAUCAGCACUCUAGGGAUUUUAAUUUGGUCACUUGUAAAUGGGCAAAGUGAUUCUUUAAAUUUUGUUGGUAAAUUGGUACUAACGAAAAUUCAUUUAUAUAGUUUUUAUGAAAAUGGUAAAAAAUAUUUUAUUUUUCAAAUAAUGUUCUGUUGAUACCAAAGGGAAAUAUUGCUGUGGAAUAGUUAUUUUGUCAGAUCUAGGAGCUAAGCGAUGGUGUCAUUGUCUCACUUCAAAAUGUUUUUUGCGGAAACAACAAAAUUCACUGUUCCAAACUUCAGACUUUUUGUUUCAACUCACGUGUCUCGCGUGCCUCGCGUGAUUCUCGUGUAAUAUACGUGACCCUUCUAUGACUUGCGUGACGCCUUAACACGAAUGUCACAGACGAUGAGAAAAGUCUUGCCUGGCUCUUAGGUCUGACUAUUUUAGUUCUGUUUCUACUUCGAGACGGAUUUUUCAAAAUAUUUGGUUGUAGAUAGAGUUGGUUUUAGUUCCUGUUGUGUUAGUGUUUACCACUUGAAGGAUUUGGCAUUUAGUUGUAUCGGAAUGGGCCAGUCGUCCAUGUAAAUCACUUAAGAGAUUUUUAUUAUUACGUGCCAGUAAGUUUAGUUAUGAAUUUAAUAAUAACUAUUAGUUUGUGAACAAGUGCCCCUUUGAAAAUCACGCCCAACCGUCUAAGUUUUAAACACCAGUGUUGGGUUGAAAGUUGUAUCAACUCAGGUUGUCAGAGGGAAAGCACUUGUUGAUGUGUUACGGACACAAAAUUUUAUUUACUUGUGAACAGUUUUGUUAAAGUUAAAUUAGUGGUUUUUUAAUGAUCUCUUGCUUGAUAAUGUGGCGUGAUCCUAGAAGACUGUUUCCUAAUAAUUUACUAAUGGUGUUCUGAAAUUCUGCGACUUCACUUUUUUCAACUACUGAUCUCAUUAACUGAAGUAGUUUUUUAGUUGUUUUGAUUUCACGUACCAUUUAGUAAGGUGGUUCUUCUCGACUCAUUACACCGAGACCGCCGAGUGUCUACCACAAUUUUCCAGUGUUUUUCCGUUGUAUAUUGUCGCGAAUAACUCAUAGAAAAGGUGCAUUUGGAUUGACUGAAAGCCAUAUUUCCAUCGCCAUGGAAGGAUCGUUUUCUAUGGGUUGUUUUAUGAAAGGAAUUUAAAACAUUUUUGUCUCCGUUUAGUAGAAUUAUAGAACCUCCUAGCAACAGUUCACUUGUUCUUACUUUUGCAGACUUCGAAUGUGUAAACAAUUAACAAUUUUAGAUUAUGAUUUAUGAGCUCGAGAUGUCUAUCUCCCGAUAGUUUACGAGGGCCCAGCCUGCAGCCCUGGUCGACUAUCACACACAGAAAUCUCGAGCUCAUAAUCUAACUGUUUAAUAUUAUAAAUCUAUUAGUCGUUCAAGUCUUUAUCUAAGUCCUCGUCACAGACACUUCGAAAACGCUAAGAAGCGGCCGUCGUUUUGUUAACAACCGCACAUUGCAAGGCUAUUCGCUAUCUACAUCAGAACUGAUAGAUGGUGAGUAGAGAAGCCAGUGAGAGAACGUUAUUCGUUAUAGAACACCAGUAGAUUUAUACUAAAAUUAUGUAGAAACUCAACGGAUGUUUUUUUUUUGUCUUCAGUAUAAUGACAGCGUCCUUCCAGAAAUAUAACCAAAGGAAUAUAUCUAUAUACAUACUGGUACACACGGUAUUCUAACUGUUGAAACCUUUACAGGUUCAAGUUAAGCCACGUUUCCGUAACAGUAGUUCAGGAAAAAAAUUGAACAACAAAGGACAAUUAUUUUUAUUUAUAUUUUUUUGAAGCAGUUUAGAUCGAUUGUUGGUAAGGUGUGGUUGUGUUUUGUUAACUUUUUCAUCAGCAUCUCGAGAAAGGUUUCUUUAUCGAAGGCCUGUAUCCUUCAAGCAUCUGAAGUCGGUUCUUGAAAGGGUUAAGUGGACAUAACCAGAUGUAAUUAUCAAUAUUGAAAACUGAAUGAAGCUCAGAUAAAAUCCUUUACCUCCUGAGAGCAGAAAGUUAAAAAUAUUCUAAAAAUUCUACCCUGCAAUAUCUUUCAUUUGAAUGGUCACGUACCACGGUUAUAUCCUCAGACACUAGGCUUGUACAUCAUAAUAAACAGUGCCACAUGAAAAUACUGCUCAAUCAUCAUCCGAAGACUUGGUUUGACUCUAGGAGGUACCAAUUUGUUUGGUAUAUUUGAAAUUGUUCUCAGAUAAUUCAUUAUUUAUGUAAACAAUUAACGAUAGGUGUAUAUUGCGUUGUAAAGUAAUCGGAAACGGUGGUUAUGGAAGGAACGUCGGUAGCUGAGAAUCGAAAACGUGAAUAAUUAAUUUAUAGGGGAAUAAUUUCUCGGGUAUGUUACGUUAAAUAACUGUAUUAACGAAACUUAUUGUUUGCAGAGUUAAUUACUGAGUUAUGUAAUAAGGGGUUGUAUCUGUAUGUUAUUAUUCACAUACUGUGAUAUUACAGUACACGUUCGCAUGAAAACUAUACCUAAUACAUAUUUGCUGUGGUCUAAAUUAACUGGCUGGCUAUAUAGCCCCUUAGCGACAUGAGUAAAUUCCUUGUUAAUUUCUGUCCCAGAAUUAAAAAUACUUCACCCAUACUACAAUUAAGGUUUACACCACGGCAAAUUAUUAUUUUUGUUCUACAAGCCCUUGCUUUCUGCACAUGAGGAACAGCCGUGUGUCACUUUGGCUGCAUUUGCCCAUUCUUUUCUCUAAAGCCUCGAACGAGUAGUACUGGGGUUGAGAAUGGCAUUUACUCUGCUGAGCAGUAGAAUACUGGAGUUUGUAGAUCAACUUUAAGUUAAAAAUGUUCUCACGAACAACUUCUCUUCAAGAAUGGACAAAUAAAAUGGUGCAAAACGGGAA